AUGGGGGUUGCUCCGAAGAUGAUCGUUACAGAUCAAGAUUUGGGGAUGAGAUCUGCUAUCCAAGAGAUUCUUGUCGGGACUCGCCACAGAUGGUGUAUGUGGCAUAUAAUGCAUAAGUUGGCCUCCAAAGUUCCAGGUAGGUUAUUGAGGGACGAUGAUUUUAAGAAAGAGUUCAAUGCCUGCGUCUGGUCGGAUCUGCUUGAACCCGACGAGUUCGAAGAAGAGUGGAACGUAGUACUUGAACGUUAUGGCUUGGAAGACCAUGGUUGGAUGAAGACAUUGUACGAGUACAGGCAAUUAUGGAUACCUGCAUACUUCAGAGAUUUUCCACUUGGGUCGAUGAUUAGGACUACCUCGAUAUCUGAGUCGGAGAACAGCUUCUACAAAAACUUUUUGAAGCCACACAACAAUAUUGCCGAAUUCUACUUGCAUUUCAACCAAGCUUUGGAAUUUCAGCGGGAUAGUAGAACAAAGUUGGACUACCAAGACGCUAAUGCCUUGCCUAUAUUGGCCACUACCUUGCCGUUCGAGAAACAUGCUUCAACGAUGUACACAGAUAGUAUGUUCAAGAAAAUCCAAGAGGAAAUUGUUGAGGGUAAUGACAGAUGUCGCGUGUUGGGGUUCUCCUCUGCAGACAUGGUCGACACCUAUAAACUUGGAGACAACCUUCGCAAUUCUUACUUUGUUAGACAUGAUAAGAGUGACGAGAACAAUGAAGUGAAAAAGAUUCCGGAUCAUUACUGCGCAAGUAGAUGGAUGAAGACUCCGUUAGCCAAGGCUGUCCAUGGUCAGUUUGAUGACACUCUACCUACCAAGUCCAUGGUUGAUGAAAGGCAAAACGUUUCAAAGCAAGGGAUUUCGCUGUUCUAUGGUUUUCUUCGCCGUUUUGAGUCGGACAUUGAUGUCCUUCGAGCAUUCGUUGGUGGACUUGAAGAACUUGGAAAUUCUCUUCAAGCUGGUACUCCUACAACGUCUACCUCUGAAAAAAGGCGAAUGAUUGAACAGUUUUAUGGAAUGGAAAAGCCCGAAGUUGCCGAGGUCCAUCCUCCUGAAGUCGUAAAGACGAAAGGGCACGCGAGCAGCUCAGCUAGCCGUAUGAUUUCCAAGAGAGAUAAGACUAUCAAGGAGGCUACUAGGCCCCUUAGACGCUGUAAGGCUUGCGAUGAGAUGGGCCAUCACGACUCUCGAAAUUGUCCAAUGCUUAAAGAUAUGGAAAAGGAGAAAGAGCUGUGUAAGGGAAAGAGGAAAUGUUGA